AAUAACCAAAUUCCAAUUGAAAUGAAAUCUUUAGGAUAAAUCAAUGCAAUUUAGGAGGAAUCAAUGAAAGGACAUCAAUUCAAAUCCUGGAUUUUCGAAUUGAGAGAAAUAGUGAGAGAGAUCAAGAAUUCUCACUAUUUCUUAGAUUCAUGGACCCAAAUCAAUUCAGUGGGAUCUUUCAUUCAUAUUUUUUUCCACCAAGAACGUUUUAGAAAACUCUUGGACCCUCGAAUUUUUAGUAUCCUACUUUUGCGCAAUUCACAGGGUUCAACAAGCAAUCGAUAUUUCACGAUCAAGGGUGUAGUACUAUUUGUAGUAGCGGCCCUUCUAUAUCGUAUUAACAAUCGAAAUAUGGUCGAAAGCAAAAAUCUCUAUUUGAAAGGGCUUCUUCCUAUACCUAUGAAUUCCAUUGGACCCAGAAAUGAUACAUCGGAAGAAUCUUUUGGGUCUUCCAAUAUCAAUAGGUUGAUUGUUUCGCUCCUGUAUUUUACAAAAGGAAAAAAGAUCUCUGAGAGCUGUUUCCGGGAUCCGAAAGAGAGUACUCGGGUUCUCCCAAUAACUAAAAAGUGUAUCAUGCCUGAAUCUAACUGGAGUUCGCGGUGGUGGAGGAACUGGAUCGGAAAAAAGAGGGAUUUUUGUUGUAAGAUAUCUAAUGAAACCGUCGCUGGAAUUGAUAUCUCAUUUAAAGAGAAAGAUAUCAAAUAUCUGGAGUUUCUUUUUGUAUAUUAUAUGGAUGAUCCGAUCCGCAAGGGCCAUGAUUGGGAAUUGUUUGAUCGUCUUUCUCCGAAUAAGAGGCGAAACAUAAUCAACUUGAAUUCGGGACAGCUAUUCGAAAUCUUAGUGAAAGACUGGAUUUGUUAUCUCAUGUUUGCUUUUCGUGAAAAAAUACCAAUUGAAGUGGAGGGUUUCUUCAAACAACAAGGAGCUGGGUCAACUAUUCAAUCAAAUGAUAUUGAGCAUGUUUCCCAUCUCUUCUCGAGAAACAAGCGGGCUAUUUCUUUGCAAAAUUGUGCUCAAUUUCAUAUGUGGCAAUUCCACCAAGAUCUCUUCGUUAGUUGGGGGAAGAAUCCGCACGAAUCGGAUUUUUUGAGGAAAAUAUCGAGAGAGAAUUGGAUUUGGUUAGACAAUGUGUGGUUGGUAAACAAGGAUAGAUUUUUUAGCAAGGUACGAAAUGUAUCGUCAAAUAUUCAAUAUGAUUCUACAAGAUCUAGUUUCGUUCAAGUAACGGAUUCUAGCCAAUUGAACGGAUCUUCUGAUCAAUUCAUAGAUCCUUUCGAUUCCAUUAGUAAUGAGGAUUCGGAAUAUCACUAUCACACAUUGAUCAAUCAAAGAGAGAUUCAACAACUAAAAGAAAGAUCGAUUCUUUGGGAUCCUUCCUUUAUUCAAACGGAAGGAAGAGAGAUAGAAUCAGACCGAUUCCCUAAAUACCUUUCUGGAUAUUCCUCAAUGCCCCGGCUAUUCACGGAACGUGAAAAGCGAAUGAAUAAUCAUCUGCUUCCGGAAGAAAGCGAAGAAUUUUUUUGGAAUUCUACAAGAGCCAUUCGUUCUUUUUUCUCUGACAGAUGGUCAGAACUUCAUCUGGGUUCGAAUCCUACUGAGAGGUCCACUAGGGAUCAGAAAUUGUUGAAGAAAGAACAAGAUGUUUCUUUUGUCCCUUCCAGGCGAUCGGAAAAUAAAGAAAUAGUUAAUAUAUUCAAGAUAAUUACGUAUUUACAAAAUACCGUCUCAAUUCAUCCUAUUUCAUCAGAUCUGGGAUGUGAUACGGUUCCGAAGGAUGAACUGGAUAUGGACAGUUCCAAUAAGAUUUCAUUCUUGAACAAAAAUCCAUUUUUUUAUUUAUUUCAUCUAUUCCAUGAACGGAAGAGGGGGGGAUACACGUUACGCCACGAUUUUGAGUCAGAAGAGAGAUUUCAAGAAAUGGCAGAUCUAUUCACUCUAUCAAUAACCGAGCCGGAUCUGGUGUAUCAUAAGGGAUUUGCCUUUUCUAUUGAUUCCUACGGAUUGGAUCAAAGACAAUUCUUGAAGGAGGUUUUCAACUCCAGGGAUGAAUUGAAAAAGAAAUCUUUAUUGGUUCUACCUCCUAUUUUUUAUGAAGAAAAUGAAUCUUUUUAUCGAAGGAUCAGAAAAAAUUGGGUCCGGAUCUCCUGCGGGAAUUUUUUUGAAGAUCCAAAACCAAAAAGAGUGGUAUUUGCUAGCAACAACAUAAUGGAGGCAGUCAAUCAAUAUAGAUUGAUCCGAAAUCUGAUUCAAAUCCAAUUCCAAUAUAGUCCCUAUGGGUACAUAAGAAAUGUAUUGAAUCGAUUCUUUUUAAUGAAGAGACCUGAUCGCAACUUCGAAUAUGGAAUUCAAAGGGAUCUAAUAGGAAAUGAUACUCUGAAUCAUAGAACUAUAAUGAAAGAUACGAUCAACCAACAUUUAUCGAAUUUGAAAAAGAGUCAGAAGAAAUGGUUCGAUCCUCUUAUUUUUCUUUCUCGAACCGAGAGAUCCAUAAAUCGGGAUCCUAAUGCAUAUAGAUACAAAUGGUCCAAUGGGAGCAAGAAUUUCCAGGAGCAUUUGAAACAUUUCGUUUCUGAGCGGAAGAGCCGUUUUCAAGUAGUGUUCGAUCGAUUAUGUAUUAAUCAAUAUUCGAUUGAUUGGUCUGAGGUUAUUGAUAAAAAAGAUUUGUCUAAGUCACUUCGUUUCUUUUUGUCCAAGUUACUUCGUUUUUUGUCCAAGUUACUUCUCUUUUUGUCUAACUCACUUCCUUUUUUCUUUGUGAGUUUCGAGAAUAUCCCCAUUCAUAGGUCUGAGAUCCACAUCUAUGAAUUGAAAGGUCCGAACGAUCAACCCUGCAAUCAGUUGUUAGAAUCAAUAGGUCUUCAAAUCGUUCAUUUUAAAAAAUUGAAACCCUUUUUAUUGGAUGAUCAUAAUACUUCUCAAAAAUCGAAAUUCUUGAUCAAUGGAGGAACAAUAUCACCAUUUUUGUUCAAUAAGAUACCAAAGUGGAUGAUUGACUCAUUCCAUACUAGAAAGAAUCGCAGGAAAUCUUUUGAUAACACGGAUUCCUAUUUCUCAAUCGUAUCCCACGAUCAAGACAAUUGGCUGAAUCCCGUGAAACCAUUUCAGAGAAGUUCAUUGAUAUCUUCUUUUUCUAAAGCAAAUCGACUUCGAUUCUUGAAUAAUCCACAUCACUUCUGCUUCUAUUGUAACAAAAGAUUCCCUUUUUAUGUGGAAAAGGCCCGUCUCAAUAAUUCUGAUUUUACGUAUGGACAAUUCCUCACUAUCUUGUUCAUUCACAACAAAAUAUUUUCUUCGUGUGGUGGUAAAAAAAAACAUGCUUUUUUGGAGAGAGAUACUAUUUCACCUUCGUCAAUCGAGUCACAGGUAUCUAACAUAUUCAUAUCUAACGAUUUUCCACAAAGUGGUGACGAAAGGUAUAACUUGUACAAAUCUUUCCAUUUUCCAAUUCGAUCCGAUCCAUUAGUUCGUAGAGCUAUUUACUCGAUUGCAGACAUUUCUGGAACACCUCUAAUAGAGGGACAAAGAGUAAAUUUGGAAAGAACGUAUUGUCAAACUCUUUCAGAUAUGAAUCUAUCCGAUUCAGAAGAGAAGAGCUUGCAUCAGUAUCUCAAUUUCAAUUCAAACGUGGGUUUGAUUCACACUCCAUGUUCUGAGAAAUAUUUACAGAGGAAAAAACGGAGUCUUUGCCUAAAAAAAUGCGUUGACAAAGGGCAGAUGGAUAGAACCUUUCAACGAGAUAGUGCUUUUUCAACUCUCUCAAAAUGGAAUCUAUUCCAAACAUAUAUGCCAUGGUUCUUUACUUCGACAGGGUACAAAUAUCUAAAUUUGAUAUUUUUAGAUAUUUUUUCAGACCUAUUGCGGAUACUAAGUAGCAGUCAAAAAUUUGUAUCCAUUUUUCAUGAUAUUAUGUAUGGAUUAGAUAUAUCAUGGCGAAUUCUUCAGAAAAAAUUGUGUCUUCCACAAAGGAAUCUGAUAAGUGAGAUUUCGAGUAAGUCUUUACAUAAUCUUCUUCUGUCCGAAGAAAUGAUUCAUCGAAAUAAUGAGUCAUCGUUGAUAUCGACACAUCUGAGAUCGCCAAAUGUUCGUGAGGUCCUCUAUUCAAUCCUUUUCCUUCUUCUUGUUGCUGGAUAUAUCGUUCGUACACAUCUUCUCUUUGUUUCCCGAGCCUAUAGUGAGUUACAGACAGAGUUCGAAAAGAUCAAAUCUUUGAUGAUUCCAUCAUACAUGAUUGAGUUGCGAAAACUUCUGGAUAGGUAUCCUACAUCUGAACAGAAUUCUUUCUGGUUAAAGAAUCUUUUUCUAGUUGCUCUGGAACAAUUAGGAGAUUGUCUAGAAGAAAUACGGGGUUCUGGCGGCAACAUGCUAUGGGGUGGUGAUCCCGCUUAUGGGGUCAAAUCAAUACGUUCUAAGAAGACAGAUUUGAAAAUAAACUUCAUCGAUAUCAUCGAUCUCAUAAGUAUCAUACCAAAUCCCAUCAAUCGAAUCACUUUUUCGAGAAAUACGAGACAUCUAAGUCAUACAAGUAAAGACAUCUAUUCAUUGAUAAGAAAAAGAAAAAACGUGAGCGGUGAUUGGAUUGAUGAUAAAAUAGAAUCCUGGGUCGCGAACAGUGAUUCGAUUGAUGAUAAAGAAAGAGAAUUCUUGGUUCAGUUCUCCACCUUAAGGGCAGAAAAAAGGAUUGAUCAAAUUCUAUUGAGUCUGACUCAUAGUGAUCAUUUAUCAAAGAAUGACUCUGGUUAUCAAAUGAUUGAACAACCGGGAACAAUUUACUUACGAUACUUAGUUGACAUUCAUAAAAAGUAUCUAAUGAAUUAUGAGUUCAAUACAUCCUGUUUAGCAGAAAGACGGAUAUUCCUUGCUCAUUAUCAGACAAUCACUUAUUCACAAACUUCGUGUGGGGCUAAUAGUUUUCAUUUCCCGUCUCAUGGAAAACCCUUUUCGCUCCGCUUAGCCCUAUCCCCCUCUAGGAGUAUUUUAGUGAUAGGUUCUAUAGGAACCGG